GUGGAGUCGGCUUCUGAGAGCCGUAGGAUUAUGUAUCCAAAUGCUGAAUUUAUAUUUCCCACUAGGAAAAGACCGAAACUCAGAUGCUUCAGAAACUUGCUGUGUGUUUGCCACGGGUUCUGCCAACCAACUGGAGAGGGGACUUUCCUAUUCUUUCAUUAGUCAAGCAUAACAUUAUCUUGAACUAAUUAUUCCUCUCCACAUGGCCUUCCUACUAGUGUCAGCUUAUCUUCUGCUGACUCAUGCUCAGGGUGCUCCUGCUGAGCAUGGGGCACUGUUGGAAACACUGAAGUCACAAGUAGGAUUAUUCAGCAAUAAAAGCGAACACUAUUCGGCACAGGUGAGACCUCCUGGCACAAGCCGACAAAUACCUCAGACAAUCAUCAUAGGAGUUCGUAAAGGAGGGACAAGGGCUUUGCUGGAAAUGUUGGAUAUUCAUCCUAAUAUUGUGGUAGCAGCUACAGAAGUCCAUUUCUUUGACUGGGAUGAAAAUUAUGUGAAAGGAAUAGACUGGUAUAGAAGUCUGAUGCCAUUUUCUUAUGGAAAUCAAAUUACAAUUGAGAAAACACCAGGCUAUUUUACAUCACCACAGGCUCCAGAAAGAAUUCAUGACAUGAAUAGCUCUAUUAAACUGCUGCUCAUUCUAAGAGAUCCCACUGAGAGAGUUAUAUCUGACUAUACCCAAGUAUAUUACAACAGAGUAGAAAGCCACAAGCCUGUUCAGCUUUUUGAAGAUAUUGUUAUUAAGAAUGGAGCACUUAAUACCAAAUACAAAGCUAUUCAGAGAAGUCUAUAUGAUGUUCAUAUGGAAAAGUGGCUUAAGCAUUUCAGUUUGGAUCAGAUUCACAUAGUGGAUGGCAAUACUUUAAUCAAGGACCCUCUUCCUGAAUUACAAAAAGUUGAAAGAUUUCUAAAUCUUCCUUCCCGGAUUAUGUCUUCUAAUUUUUAUUUUAACCAAACCAAGGGAUUCUACUGCAUUAGAAGUGAUGGAAGGGAGAGAUGUUUACAUGAAUCCAAAGGCCGCCCCCAUCCCCUUGUGAACAACACUGUUUUAGAGCAACUGUAUUCUUACUUCAGAGAGCACAAUGCAAAAUUUUACAGAAUGGUUAAUCAUUCCUUUGACUGGCAUUAAUGCAUUUGGAAUCAAUGUUUCUUAAAAAGGGCCUGAAACAAAGUCUUUCAAAUAUAUCUUUCUAAACUGUAGAGAUUGGUACUAUGAGAACUUAACAUACUGGUUAUAUGCUUCAUUGGAAUAACACAUGUGUUAAC